AUGUCAAAAGUUGAUCCUACCUCGCUGAAUUCUGUUGUCAUCGCUAUGGCUGAAAAUGACAAUGGCCACAAAAGCGGAGAUGAUGAUAUCAACUUGCAGACAAUUCUCUUUUACUCAGCUCAGUUUUAUUCUGGUAAGGAUUUUGAAUCAAGCUCUAAUCUCGGUGUUGGUAAAAACCCUAUGGAGAUUGAGUAUUCUUAUAUUCUAGAUUCAAUUAACCAUAAAAAUGGGGACUCUUCAUGUAGAUUUUGUGAAAUAUGUGAAGAUGUCUUUCCGUUGCCAGACACAAUGAUAUCGGGCACUAAUUGCAAUCAUCGUUACUGCGUAGAAUGCAUACAAGAUUAUAUAGGUAAAAAUAUCAAUGAGAUUAUCCACGAGGUUGCUAUAAGGUGUCCUGCUUAUUAUUGCAAGGAAAUUUUGGAUAUUGAUUUGAUAAUGCCGAUUGAUUUUCUUAUUCGAGUAAGAGAUGUCAGUCGAGUAAUGAAAGUUUUUGCUUCACCAGUAGUUAUUGAUUGCCCUUAUAUGGAUUGUAUGGGUAAACUGAUUGAUGAUCAACAGGAAUAUCCAAUUAGGGCAUGUCCUAAAUGUUGGAACCUUUUUUGUGUCCAUUGUAAAAGCUUACAUCUUGGAAUGACAUGUGAGAUUUAUCAGUUUAGUAGGCAACUGAAUUUGCUCUACUGGCAGCAGCAAUAUGGAGGAUAUUGUAAUGAAAUAGAGAAGGCUGAGGAAGAAGAAGAAGAAGAAGAAGAAGAAGAAGAAGAAGAAGAAGAAGAAGAAGAAGAGGAAGAAGAAGCUCCUUGA